AUGAAUUUUGGCAAGUUUACACAUUGUGGUAGUGGCAAGCCUCCCUUGACAUCCAAGAAAAGAAAAAAUCCUCCUGCUACUGUCAUUCUUAUCGAAGAUGAUGAAGAGGAUACUCCUCCUACUCCACUCAAGAAGAAACAGAAGAAGAAUAAGGCCACAGUUGCCCCUUUCCAACCAAAUCAACAACAGGGUGUCGAAACCAACACUCUCCCUCCUCUUCCAAAGAAAACUCCAUCCCAACCUUCUAGUGCUGCAGAACUGGAGCGUAUUGGAAGCAAUGCCUCCGAUCUAGAGGUUCAACAGUUUCAGGACAAAGCCACCACUCCCCUUAUUUCUACUGCCAAUCAAAGCGAUCCUUCGAGCGACAUGAAUCCAUCUCCUCCUCCGACAGUCAGCGGUGCUAUCCGAAACAAAGGCUCUUCGACUGGGGCUCACAAUCUUGAAGAAGAUAACACUCAGAACGAAGAAGAAACCUCUUCCCCUGUUGAAGAUGGUAAAAGGGAUUCGAAGAACGUUGACGAGAAGGACUCAACAGGGAAAGAAAACUCUGAGAGUACUUCUAGUGAUUCUCCCACCAGGGUUGCGUUCCCUUCAAAUGAUGUUGAUGAGGACGAUCAGGAUUCAGACAAAAUUGAGGGGUAUUUUUGA